GUCUGGGGGUCUGCGAAGGAGAACCGAGCGAGGCCCCAUAAAGACGAGAGAUUCCACCCAUCUUCGGGCCCUCGCGCCUGACACCGCUCGCCUCCUAGCCGCAGCCUCCACCCCUCGGACCCAGUAGCUCCCUCCUCUUCCCUCUCCCUUCUCACGGAGCCCCUCCCGCAUCCCGCCUAAGGACAGCUCCCAAUCAGCUCCUUGGCAACCCUGGUCCGGGGCUCUCAGCAUCCUCUCCCACCCUCCCCCAGACCGCCGGUCCGCCUCCCGGCAACCCUAAAAGGAAGGGGAGGGGCCCGGUCGAGGGGGAGGCAGCGUCAAGGUCACCUUCCUGCUCCGAUGCCAGCAGGAUCGGGUGAUGUAUAUUUGGAGGAGAGGGACAGUGAGCUGCAGGGGAGGAGGAGCUAACCCAGGCCUAUGAUCCCUGAGCUCCCACCCCGCCCCGUCCCCUAGGAUCUUCAGUUAAUGGUCGUUGCACUGAUGCCCACCGCCCCGCCGGCCGGGGUGAGGAAGCUGAAAUCUCCCGGGGACCCAGGAUGCCAAGCUGCGAGCGUCCCUGUGGCUGCAGCCGAGGCCCCAACGUGGAAGAUGGCAAGUGGUAUGGGGUCCGCUCCUAUCUGCACCUCUUCUACGAGGACUGUGCAGGUACCCCCCUCAGCGAUGACCCUGAGGGGCCUCCUGUACUGUGCCCUCACCGACCUUGGCCCUCACUGUGCUGGAAGAUCAGCUUAUCCUCAGGUACCCUGCUUCUGCUACUGGGGUUGGCAGCCCUGACCACUGGCUAUGCAGUGCCCCCCAAGUUGGAGGGCAUCGGAGAGGGCGAGUUCCUGGUGUUGGAUCAGCGGGCAGCCGACUACAACAAGGCCCUGGGCACCUGCCGCCUGGCAGGCACUGUGCUCUGCGGGGCAGCCGGGAUCUUGCUGGCCAUCUGCAUGUUCUGGGCCAUGACUGGCUGGCUGAGCCAGGACCCCAAGGCAGAACCCUUGGACACUGAAACCGAUGGCCACAUGGAGGUCUUCGGGGAUGAGCUGGAGCAGCAGUUGUCCCCCAUUUUCCACGAUACCAGUGGCCGGUCUUGGUUCUCACCACCCGCCAGCCACUUUGGGCAAUCCUCUGUGCAGACCAUCCAGCCCAAGCGGGACUUUUGAGCUGCCCUCACGGCCAGAGGAAGAGCCAGGCCUGGGGUCUGGACCCUUCCUCCUCCCCACCACAUCCCACCUUCCCAUUGUCUCCCUAACUUCUCCCUUUCAAUGGGGCCCCUUCCAUCUAAGCCCCCAGAAAGCCCAACUCCAGGUCAGAAAGUCUGGAGCUCACAUCUCUGUGUCCCCCUCCCAGGGGUAGGGCCCUAAGUCCUCCAAGAUGCCAGCCUUCCCCGAGUCCCCCCAAAACUUCCCACCCAUUCCUCCUUUCCAAAGCCAUUCAAGGGCAGAAAACUCCCUCAACCUAUCCCCACUCUUUCCUCUGUAUGACCUUGGGCAAACCCCUUACCCUUUCAGACCAUCAGUUCCUGCCUCUGCACUAAUGAAGGGUUUGGACCAGAUUCUAGAGUUGCAUGACUUUCUUUUUCUCCCCAGGAUAUAAGUAUUACCUUCCAUAGGCAAAGGUAAGGGGAGGGGUGGUGGGGUCAUUCUUAUCCACUGACCCCUCCCUCUGUCAGCUGCACCAGGAGGCCUCAGGAUGGAUCCAAGAUGCUCACUUGGACCAGGAUUGUGCGAAAACAUUUACUCCUUACAGUAUGUUUUCUAUACAUCUUGACAUCAGAGCCCCCAGUCCACCCCAUCCUGAACUAUUACUAACCCCAGUUUACAGAUGAGGUGGCCGAGGGAGGCUGGCAGUCUGCAGGAACUCGGACCCACGUCUGUAGACUCCUGGAACAGAUCUUGUUCCACGGUGGGAGCACGACCCCACACCUUCCUGGCUUCCAGGGGACCCCCAAGGGUGGCACAGGUUCGGCCCAGAGAGACUAGCUGAUGCCUAAUGGUCCCAGGUGGCUCAGAAGAUACUUUGGACAUGCAUUUAAAUGGUCUCUAAGAGCCAGGGGGCAGGAGAACUGGGAUGUCUUUGCCCCUCAGAGUCCACCCGCCUAGAAACCAUCACCUACAGGUCCUGACCUCACCCUGUACAAAUGUGCCCUGCUGGAGGCACCAACCCCUCCAUCCUGCAGGCUCCCCAGCCAGAUGCAUCAUCUCUGUUCUCUACCACUAGGGGGAGCUCCAAGACAGCUGGAGAGAGAUGCCCAAGGCUCAUGCCUCUACCCUCCCCCUUUAGUCUCAAGGUGGUGGGGAUGGGGGUGGGGGCAGCCCUCCUGGGAGGGUCCUCAGUCCUCCUCCACCAAGCAGGCCCUACUGCCCCUCCCCAUUCUGCACCCUUCCACCGCCCCCCCCCCUUGCCUUUCAAUAAACAGCUGGGAUGGAUACUGACUUUGCUUCUCUUCUCCCUGACCACCAGGGCCUGGGGAGGGAAGAAAGAAACUGCUAUGAGCACCUACUGUGUGCUGGGCACUUAAAUCCAUUAUUUCUCGUUUGCCCCUCACGAUAAUCCUUUGAGAAAGUGGAUGAUUAUCUUCAUUUUACAGAUGAGAUGAGAAAUUUCUCAGCCUUCUUGACAAACUUCUGUCUCCAUCCCUGAGAGGGAUGUGAGGAGGGGGUCUAAGAGCCGGAGCUGGAGCCAAAGGUGGGAUCUUUUCCAGAAAGAUAAGAACAGUUAACCUUCACUAGCACUCACUGGGGGCCAGGCCUUGUUCUCAGGGCCUCACAGACAUGAGUUCGUUUAACCUUCACAACCACCUAGGUGGGGACUAUUAUUCCCAAAUCUCACUCCCAGGCUCCAGGCUUGGAUUUCCACCUGAAUUCACCUACAUGUUGAACCUCAACUCAACUUUCCUGAACUGUUCUCCUUUCCACCCCUCCCCUUCCAGACCUGCCCCUCCUAUGCUGCCCACUCCUGAGAGAGUGGCAGCUCCGGCCAAAGCCUUGAAGUCAUCCUUGACUCCUCUUUCCUCACAGCCUGAAUCCAAGCCACCAGCCAGUCCUGUCAAUUCACCCUUGGAAACGCACCCGGUACCUCAGUGCUUCUCACCAUCCUCAAGGCCAACUCCCUGGCUCUCAUCUGGAUUAUUGCACAAGCUUCUCCCG